ACGAGUCCGCCCUGCGCAGGAGCUCAGCCUGGGCCUCCUGGGGGGCCCCAGGGGGGCCCCAAAGCUGGACCCAGGGGGGCCCCCCAGCCCCCUUCAGAGGGUACCAGGCAGCAGCAGAUGCAGACAGUGCAGCCACGUGGGCCCCAGCCACAGGGGGGCCCCUGGGGGCCCCCAGGACUUUCGGGGUACUGGGGCCCCGGGGGGCCCCCGGCGGCGUUGCAGAAGCUGCGGGCUGGGAGGCAGGGCGAAAAGAGGGGAGCAGCAGCAGCAGCAGCAUCAGCAGCAAUAUGUUUCGUGCUGCUGCAGCAAACUAUGGCUCAAGCAGCCUAGACGGAAGCAGCAAGGAGCUGGGGCCCCUCAAGCUGGCGGCGCAGCAGGGACGGGGGCCCCUUACGGCUGGGCAGCACCGUGCUUCGGGCAGCAGCAGCAGCAGCAGCAGUAG